AGGCCCCGCCCCCUGAGUAGGGGGAAGCGCUGGGACCGCGCGGGAUCCUGGUGGUGGAGCGGCCGGGGGUCGGGAUGAGCGGCCUCGGGUGGCUCUUCGGGAGAGGGAAGAAGGAGAAGGGGCCGAGCCCCGAGGAGGCCAUCCAGAAGCUGCGGGAGACGGAGGCGAUUCUGCUCAAGAAGCAGGAGUUCCUGGAACAGAAGAUCCAGCAGGAGCUGCUGACGGCCAAGAAACAUGGGACCAAGAACAAGCGAGCCGCCCUGCAGGCCCUGCGCCGGAAGAAGCGUCUGGAGCAGCAGCUGGCGAAGGCGGACGGGACCUUGUCCACCCUGGAGUUCCAGCGCGAGGCCAUCGAGAACGCCACCACCAACGCGGAGGUGCUGCGCACCUUGGGCCAGGCCGCCCGGGCCAUGAGCCAGGCCCACCGGGACAUGGACAUCGACAAGGUGGACGAGCUGAUGGCCGACGUCACGGAGCAGCAAGAAGUGGCGCAGCAGAUUUCGGACGCCAUCUCCCGGCCCGUGGGCUUCGGGGACGACGUGGAUGAGAAUGAGUUACUGGAGGAGCUGAAGGAGCUGGAGCAGGAGGACCUGGUCCGGGAGCCGCGCGACGUGGGCGACAAGAAAGAGGAGGAGGAGGAGGAGGAGGAGGAGUUGCUCGACCUGCCCAGCGUGCCUUCGACCCACCUCCCCACGGUCCCAGCUCCCAAAGAGGAUGAGGAAGAAGAGCUGAAGCAGCUUGCUCAGUGGAUGUCCUGACGGGGGGGUCCGUCCCUCCCUCCCCCCCGCAAUUCCCCAUCAAGUGCCAAGUACUGAACCGCAGGGACCGAGCCACGGGCGGGCCGGGUAGGGCGGUGGUCUCCUCCGCUGUCGACCCCCUCCCCGCCCCGCUCGGGGUUCGCCGGGAGCCGUUGCAGGGCCCCGGGCCUCAAUAAAGCCGGGCAGGUGGAAA